AUUAAACAAAUAGUAAUAACUAUAAAGAUGACUCAACCUAAAGAAAAGAAAAGAAUUAUCCUUAAUGCUUUCGAUAUGGCAUGUAGUGGAUUACAAGCUCCAGGUCUUUGGAAGCAUCCUGAUGAUAAGUCUAGAAAUUAUAAUACCAUUGAAUAUUGGACUUACUUAGCACAAUUAUUGGAAAAGGGGAAAUUCAAUGCUAUUUUCAUUGCUGAUGUAUUAGGUGGUUAUGACGUCUAUAAUGGUCCAAGAAAUUUAGAUGCAGCUGCUAGAUCUGGAGCUCAAUGGCCAGUCAAUGAACCUAGUGCGGUUGUUAGUGCUAUGGCUGCUGUUACUAAGAAAUUGGCUUUUGGUGUAACUUUCAGUACUAUUAGUGAAGCACCAUACCAUUUUGCUAGAAGAAUAGCUACUCUUGAUCAUUUAACCAAAGGUAGAAUUGGUUGGAAUGUUGUCAAUUCAUACUUAGAUUCAGCCGCUAGAAAUCUUUUGAAUGGUGGUCCAUUACCAAAUCACGAUGAAAGAUAUGGUAGAGCAGAAGAAUUCGUUCAAGUUGUUUAUCGUUUAUUAUUAUCAAGUUGGGCUGAUGAUGCUGUUGAAUUAAAUAAAAAAACUGGCGUUUUCACCAAUCCUGAUAAGAUUAGAGAGAUCAAUUAUGAAGGUAAGUAUUAUAAUGUUCCAGGGCCAAGUAUCACUGAACCUUCUCCACAAAGAUUACCAGUUAUUUUACAAGCAGGUACUUCAAAACAAGGAAAAGAAUUUGCUGCUAAAAAUGCAGAAGUUGUAUUCAUCACAACUUUUAGUCCAGAAAGUUUAGCUAUUCAAAUUAACGAUGUUAAGAAAAUUGCCAAAGAAAAAUAUGGCAGGGAAGACGGUUCAAUUAAAUUCUUGCAAUUGAUUACUACAGUUAUUGGGCAAACACAUGAAGAAGCUGAAGCAAAAUAUAAAGAGUAUAAACUGUAUGGAGAUUUAGAAGGUGCGCAAGCAUUAUUUAGUGGUUGGACUGGUUUUGAUAUUGGAGAAUAUGGUUAUGACGAUUUAUUAAAGGAUGUAGGCUCAAAUGCUGUCAAAGGAUUCGUUGACCUUUGGACAAAAGUUAGUCCAGGAGAACCACAAGAUGUCAGAAAGACCAGAGAAUAUGUUGCUAGACAGAUUACUGUAGGAGGUUUAGGUCCAGUAUUAUAUGGUACUGCAUCAGAAGUUGCCGAUGAAAUCGAAAGAUGGGUUGAUGUCAGUGGAGUUGAUGGAUUUAACAUUACUUAUGCUGUCAAUCCUCAAAGUUUCGAAGAUGUUGUUGAAUUCUUGGUACCCGAAUUACAAGAGCGUGGACUUGUUUGGAAUGAUUAUCCAGAGAAGAAAGAUUUAACAUUUAGAGAACAAUUGUUUGGAGAGGAAAGAGACGAAGAUGAUGAACCAGAUGCUAGAUUUGUUAAGAAAUCUCACAUUGCCAAUGGUUUAAGAUGGAAAUCCGGAGUCAGCAAAGAACAAUUUGAAAAAGACUUGGCAGUAGAAGAAGCUCACCAGAAGGAAAUUGAUAAUUGAACUAAAAUACAAUGAACUUAAACUCACUUAAAUAUUUGUAUGUAUUUAAAAUUUACUUUGUGUUCUUUUGUACGCCUUUUUUGUAU